UCCGUCAGAGCAGCACAGCCAUGAGCCAGCCGAGCUCCCCGUCCUCCAGACCCGCGCUCACUCUCCGCCCGUCCCCCUGACACACACCGACCAUGAAGAGGCAAAACGUGAGGACCCUCGCCCUCAUCAUCUGCACCUUCACCUACCUGUUGGUCGGCGCGGCGAUCUUUGACGUGCUGGAAUCCCAGACGGAGAAGGACGACCUGGGGAAGCUGAUCGAGAGGAGGAAGGGGCUGCGCACGACGUUCAACUUGACCACGGAGCAGUUUGACGAGCUGGAGAAGAUGGUGCUCCAGCUGAAGCCGCACAAAGCCGGGGUGCAGUGGAAAUUCGCCGGCUCCUUUUACUUCGCCAUCACUGUGAUCACGACCAUAGGAUACGGCCAUGCAGCCCCCAGCACAGAUGGAGGGAAGGUGUUCUGCAUGCUCUACGCCCUCCUGGGCAUCCCUCUCACCUUGGUCAUGUUCCAGAGCGUCGGUGAGCGGAUUAACACCGGUGUCAGGUACCUGCUCCACCGCCUGAAGAAGUGCCUUGGCAUGAGGCGCACUGAGGUCUCCAUGGUCAACAUGGUGACCAUCGGCUUCAUAUCCUGCAUGAGCACGCUGUGCAUCGGGGCGGGGGCCUUCUCGCGCUUUGAGGGAUGGAGCUUCUUUCAUGCUUACUACUACUGCUUCAUCACGCUCACCACCAUCGGCUUCGGGGACUAUGUAGCGUUGCAGAAUGAGCAAGCUCUGCAGAAGAAGCCGGAGUACGUGAUCUUCAGCUUCAUUUACAUCCUGACGGGCCUGGCUGUGAUCGGGGCCUUCCUCAACUUGGCAGUGCUGCGGUUCAUGACCAUGAACGCCGAGGACGAGAAGCGGGAUGCCGAGCAGAGGGCUCUACUCGCUCAUAACGGUCAAGCGGGUGGACACAUCCACUGCUCCGUAGACCCGGCCUCCUCCUCCUCCACGCCGUCCGUAUGCGGCGGAGGAAACGCAGUCGGGGGCAGUGGGGGAGGCGCGGCGAGCCGGGGCCUACGUAACGUUUACGCCGAAGUGCUCCACUUCCAAUCCAUGUGCUCCUGCCUUUGGUACAAGAGUAGAGAGAAGCUGCAAUACUCCAUACCCAUGAUCAUCCCACGUGACCUCUCCACCUCGGACACCUACAUGGAGCAGGGAGAGGCUUUUUCCAACCCCCUGCACUCUAACGGCUGCGUGUGCAGCCUGCAGCGCCACUCGGGCAUCAGCUCAGUUUCCACUGGUCUGCACAGCAUCAACACCUACAGAAGACUCAAUAAGCGCAGGAGCUCCAUCUAAACCAGGAGGACUUGUGGUGAGGGACUGCCCUUCUGCUGUGGUACUAAAAUUUGCUGUGGACAUCACGGGGGGGGAACACAACUCCGGUCCUAAAGAGAUGUAGUACUGAUGUUUCUGGCACUGAAGAGCCUGGUGCUGCAGCCUCCAGACUCCAGACGUGUAUCACUUCCAUUAGCUAAGCACAAACCCGUUUAGGACUAACAUCGUUACUGAUGUCACUGAGAAAUAACGCUAAUGGUUGUUUGAGAAGCAUUCGUUACACCAACUCUGAAACUGUUGCUGUUAGAACGUUGGGAGGGAAAAAAAACACACCUGCACCUCUGCUGUUAAAUAUCCUAAUAUUGAAUUCAGUAUUUUCUUUGUUCAAAGACAGAAUUUCAUGUUCUAAUAUGAAAAGGGACAGAGUACACUGUGAGAUAUGUUUUUAAAGAGGGAUCGGGGGUGUAUAAACUGUAUAUAAAGCCCUGAUAAGAAAUAUUUUAUUGAAUAAUCUAAAAAAAAAAGGAUUUUUUUUUUUUUUUGGUUGUACGUAUCGCACCCACUCGAGUGAAAUUAAAAUGUGUAAAUAUCUAGACACUUCGCUAGCAGGUGUUAUCGAAGGGAAAGCCUAUUUUUUCAGUGAAACUUUUCAGAAAUGUCCUCAGUGUCUUCUCCUCCUGUGUGUCUGUAACUGAAGUUCAGGUUCAAGCCAAACUUUCUGAUCUGUUUUCACUCGUCCUCAAUGGGAAAUCUCACAUUUAAAUCGAUCGAGAAUGAUCGGGCAGGUUUGAUUGGCCGAAAUGUUUUUUCGCCGAGGGACGCGACGCUCGUGUAACUGUGACUUGUGUAACGUCUCCAACUAACCACUAGGCCUCCCUGCCGACCCCUUUCAGACCUCACUGUUGUAUUUUGUACAAAUCACUAUGGAUUUAUUUUCAUGGUUUCUCCUGUACAUGGAAAUUAUUUUAUUUACUUGUUGCUCGUCAUAUGUUUUCAUAUAGCAGAACUAUAUUCUGAUAGUUAAACUAAGAGCGUGUAAGCUCACUUUGUGCAUAGUCGAGAGUCAUAUCUUAUUCACUGCUGCACCUUAGACAACUGUUGUAUAUGCUUUAGGACACUGGAAUUCAGUGCACUAUUUUAUUUUUUAUUUAAAGGAAUCACCUAAUGUUUUAUUAUGUAAAUGAUACGCCCUUAAUAAUUCUUUCUUGUGUUAUCAGUCUGAGAUGUUUGACUUGAUGCUCUGUGUUAUUAAUGAUUGACAAUAAUAGCAGUACACCUCACUAAUAAAUGGCCUCAGAGUUUGCACCUCAUGCACUUAGGGGGUCUUUGCUACAGCCCCACCUAAACACACUUGAUUCAGCCAACUGAGGUCUUUAUGCAGCUUUUUUUUUUUUUUUUUUUUACUUUACAAUGUCUCAGUAUUUUAGUCAUAUCACGUUAAUUUCAGUCACAUUUUCAUCUUCUUCUUUUUUUUCUACUGGAACGUUCUUAUGAACUGCAAUAUGCCUGUUAACAUUGUUCAGCAUCUCUCAUGAGCUGGUUGCGGUGUGGCUAUACAUUUACGGUAUGUUUUUUGUUUUUUUCUUUAAUCAUAAUAAAAUAUUAUUUAAUUUAACACAAGAAGUUUGUUCAUUUGAGUGUCAAACUGGCC